AUUCGGUCUCCGAUGAGUGUUCAGUGAAAAACAGUAGGCUUAAGACGUUAUGCUUUCUCAGUCUACGACAGACAUACUGUCAGCAGUAUAACGAGCAGCAUUAGAUUCAAUCUCGUUCGGUUAAAAGAUUUUUCUAAUGACAUCUUUGUCGACAUUCUUUUUUUACUCGUUGUCUUCGUAAAUCAAGAUCCAUUUCCAAGAUAAAAAUUAAUUUCGUUGUGUAAUCCUGGUUAAUUAUUAACGGUGUAAAUAUCAACAGGAAGAAAAAGAAGAAAUAUAAAUUUAUUUCCAAAAUAAAAGGAAAGCUAAAUAGAAGACGAAUACAAUCGUAAUGGCGGAUAGAAAAAUGGAUAAUUUACCGGAUAGGAUAGAACAGACUUUUCGAGGUCAAAAUAUCCUGAUUACCGGAGGCACUGGAUUUCUUGGAAAAGUGAUGCUUGAGAAAUUUCUACGUUGUUUACCAGGAAUAACACAGAUCUUUAUGCUCGUUAGACCUAAAAAGGGCAAAGAACCUAAAGAUCGUUUAGAUGAAAUCUUCCAGGGUCCGGUAUUCGAUCAAAUUCGUGAACAAAAAGGAUUGGGAACACUACACAAUAGGGUGACGGCGAUAAAAGGAGACGUGAUGUUACCAGAACUUGGCAUUUCAGCAGAGGAUAAAAAAAUGUUGAUUGAUAAAAUCACUAUUAUUUAUCAUGCGGCAGCAACGGUGAGAUUCGAUGAGGCGUUAAAGAAAGCGGUAUUGUUGAAUACACGUGGUACGAAACAGAUGUUGGAGUUGGCCAAGGAAAUGAAGAAUUUGUUAUUUUUCGGUCAUAUUAGUACAUCUUAUUGUCACCUUGAUCAAAAAUUAUUGGAAGAAAAGCUGUAUCCACCUCCGGCGGAUCCACAUAAUGUAAUAAAAUGUAUCGAAUGGAUGGACGAUGAAAUAGUAGAUAUUAUAACAGAUAAGAUAUUAGGUAAAAUACCAAAUACCUAUGCCUUUACGAAAGCUCUGUCCGAAGGGAUUAUUGAAGAAGCUAUGCCACAUAUUCCAAUAGUCUUAUUAAGACCAAGUGUUGUGGUACCCAUUUGGAAAGAACCACUACCAGGUUGGACAGAUAACAUCAAUGGUCCGACAGGACUUUUAAUUGGUGCUGGAAAGGGUGUAAUUAGGAGCAUGUAUUGCAAUGAAAGUAGUUAUGCCGACUAUGUUCCUGUCGAUAUAUUGGUCAAUGCUAUUCUUGCUUGCACAUGGAAUUAUAUUUAUUUUAAAGAUCAUGAUAAGAGAAUAUACAAUCUUACCAGCAGUAGCGAUUUCAAAAUUUCGUGGGGUGAAAUCAUAGAGAUCGGUCGUAAAGUAAUAGAAAAGAUACCUUUAAAUGGUGUCCUUUGGUAUCCAGGUGGCAGUAUGAAAAAAUCACGUCUUCAUCAUGAUAUUUGUGUUUUUCUAUUUCACACGAUUCCAGCUUACUUCAUUGAUACAAUUAUAUUUCUUGCGGGUUACGAGCCGAUCAUGUGUCGAGUUCAACGUCGCAUACAAAAAGGAUUUGAUGUGUUCGAAUAUUAUGCCAAUAACCAAUGGGAUUUUAUUAAUGCAAAUAUAAAGGAAGUAAGAGAUAAACUUAAUGCCAGAGAAUAUAAUAAGUAUUACAUGCACGGAGACGACAUAGACGUGUACAAAUAUUUUGAAACUUGUGUACAAGCUGCAAGAAUUUAUAUUUUAAAAGAACUUCCCGAAACUUUACCAGCAGCUCGUCGGCACAUUAGAAUAAUGUAUUGGGUAGAUAUAUUUACGAAAAUACUUUUCUUUGCACUUCUGAUCUAUUUGCUGUUUUCAUGGAUGGAUAGUUUCGAAACACUUUUUGAAGGAAGCUGGACCGGUGUUACCAAAAUAUUAUCUUUGUAAUUAUAUAUAUUCUUAGUUUAUAGUUAUUUUUUUUAUAAUUUUGUAUUAUAUAGAGACCAAAUAAAACUUUCAAACUA